ACACACACACACACACACACACACACACACACACACACAGACACACACACACAGACAUACACACACACAGACACACACACACACACACACACAUACACACACACACACACACAGACACUGUUGGCGUCAUGGAAUUAUAAUAAAAUCUGGAGGUUUUACAGAAACUGGGAAAAGCCGAUGAAACGAAAGACGAACAAUUUGAACAAAUCGUGAUCAACUUCAGACGACAAGAGUCUGAAGGUUCUCGUCUUCAGCGAGAGAUGAAGAAUUACAUGGCGGCUAUUAAAGGGAUGCAGCAGGCCUCCAUAAACCUGACCCAGAGUCUCCACGAGGUCUACGAGCCCGACUGGCACGGCAAGGACGAUGUGGUGCUCAUCGGCAAGGACUGUGACGCGCUCUGGGAGGACUUUCAUAAUAAGAUCGUGGACUCGACGCUGUUGAACCUCGACGCUUAUCUGACACAGUUCCCCGACCUGAAGAUGCGAGUGGCGAAGAGGAGCCGUAAACUCAUCGACUACGACAGCGCUCGACACCACGUGGAGACGCUGCAGGCGCAAGGACUGAAGAACGACCGCAAGAUGAUGAAGGCGGACGAGGAGCUGAAAAAAGCUCAAAGAGUUUUUGAGGAUCUGAACGUGGGACUCCAGGAUGAACUGCCGACGCUGUGGGACAGUCGAGUUCAGUUUUACAUCGACACGUUCAAAAGCGUCACAACACUCGAAGCAAAAUUCCACCGAGAAAUCUCAGUGGUGUGCCGGCAGCUGUAUGAGGUCAUGACCAAACUGGCCGAACAACAUCCAGACAAAAUGUUCAACAUCCAGGGGGCGCCGAGUGACUCUGGACCUCUGCGUUUGGCUCGGACUCCGUCUCCUCCUGAGGACGAUUCUCCUCCAGAAUCUCCAGAACCUCAGAACCACCUGAGACCCGUGUCCCCCGGACCCCCCAGACCCAAGAGCCCGGUCCAGGUGAGAAAGGGUCCUCCCGUUCCUCCGCCGCCCAAAGUGUCGCCCCCAAAAGAAGAAACCAUCAUUGACCUGUUUGGAGGAGAGUUCCUGCCCGCGCCCUCGCCCUCCCACCCCAAUGAGAGACCUGGAGAGUCCCUGUUGGACCUGGAUCUGGACGCGUUCCAGGUGGACGAGAGCGUGGCUCCGAUCCCUCAGACCACGGUGCCCUGGGACAUGUGGACGGCAGAUUCGCAUCAGGACCAGGCAGCCAAUGGCUUCAACGGAUUCUCCACGGAGGGCGGGGCUCCAGCGUUCUUUGCCGAUUUUGAUAAAAUGAACCAGUCCGAGGCUCCGCCCACUUCACAAAGUGUAGAGUGGGCGGGGUCUACUCCGGGGGAGGAGCCCAAAGCAGAGGAGCAGCCAAUGGAAGAACCUCCAUCCACAGACUCGAGUCCAGCUCAAGUCCAAGAAGAACCAGAAAAACCAGAAGAACCAGAACCCGACUCAGAGCAGGCUGUGGAGGAGAGAGGAGCAGAAGAACGAGGAGCAGAGGAGGGAGGAGCAGAGGAGGGAGGAACAGAGGAGGGAGGAGCAGAGGAGGGAGGAACAGAGGAGGGAGGAACAGAGGAGGGAGGAACAGAGGAGGAAGGAACAGAGGAGGGAGGAGCAGAUGAACGAGGAGCAGAUGAACGAGGAACAGAUGAAGAAGCUGAAGUUCAGAAAAAGGAGAGUCCAGUCGAGGAGCCUGAGAAAAUGGCGAUCCCGUCCGUGGUGAUCGAGCCGGCAUCGAGUAACGAAGGCGACGAUGAUCGCGACGGCGACAUCAUCUCUCCCACCGUCGCUGCGGGCAACAGCUCUCCCACUGUCGCCGUGGGCAACAGCCCCGCCCCCAAAGUCCAGCACAUCGGGCCCAGUGACGGAACACUGCCCCACGACUUCCUCUACAAGGUGGAGACGAUGCACGACUUUGAGGCGGCAAAUUCAGACGAGUUGGAGCUGAGCCGAGGAGACGUGGUUUUGGUGGUGCCCACGGUCAACCAGGAGGACCAGGAGGCUGGUUGGCUGACGGGGAUAAAGCUCAGUGAUUGGUCGUCUCUGGGAGUGAGCGCUCAGCGAGGACUGUUCCCCGAGAACUUUGUGCAGCGCCUCAACUGAUGACCCCUGACCCCGCCGUGACCCCGCCGUGACCCCGCUGUGACCCGAGUGUAUCAUCAGAGAUAUUUACAUAUUUAAAUCUGCUGAGUGCUGAGGUCACUUCCUGUCUGAGUGUAGUGUGUAGUGCUCGUCCAAUCAGCAUGCAGCCCCUGACCUGUCACUCAAACAUGGACCAAUCUGAAGCCUCCAAGAGACGCCUGCUCCCAUUGGCCCCAGAGCAGAUCACAUGACUCUGGAGAGUUUUAAAUGUUCCUCUCCUCUCUCCUCGUCUCCUCUCUCCUUGUAGCAUCCUCUCUCCUUCUCUCGUCUCCUUGUCUCUUCCUCUUUCCUUGUCUCCUCCCUCCUCGUCUCUUCCUCUCUCCUCGUCUCCUCUUUCCUUGUCUCCUCUCUCCUCGUCUCCUCGUUUCCUCUGCAGAUAAAUUGAGCUCUUGGUGUUUUGUUGUAGAAACAAAUAAAGUUUUUCUUCCUCCGAA